AAUCCAAAUAUGUCGUCGUUAAGACGAAUCAGCCAUCAAGGCUCUGCCACAGCUGUCAUGGAACUUGAGCCUAUCCAUUCUCUGCCACGAGCAACUGAGAAACACGUUUCGGUGGAGUCUGGCAGAAAACUCGGUCAGGGUGAUCUCGAUGAUCAUGAACGACGUGAUCAGAACGAAACACUACCCUCUCCCAACGUCGCUUCUCAUGAAGCACUCGAAAGAUGGAAUUUACCAACGUCGAACCUCUACCGGACAUUCGCUGCCUUCUGGGGCUUUGCAAUUAUGCUGUCCUAUACCGUCGUCUCGCUUAUCUUUCUCAGUCCUCUUAUCGGAUACAACUUGUCAGCCUUGCUCAACAACAGCAUACACCUUCGAUUCGGACAGAGAGGUGUAGCUUUCAUCGGACCGUUCUGCCAUCUUCUGGCAUACAUUGUCAUCGCUGUACACCCUCCAUAUCCAGUAUUGGUCAUCGUCUUUGCAAUUGCUGGCUUCGGAAAUGGAUUAGAAGAUGCAGCUUGGAAUGCCUGGAUGGGUGCGAUGUCGAACGCAAAUGAAGUGCUGGGCUUUCUCCAUGGCAUCUACGGUCUAGGAGCAACGAUUGCACCUCUGAUUGCCACUUCGCUAAUCACUAAAGUCGACAAGCCUUGGUGGACAUGGUACUACUUCAUGAUCGCUUUUGCGGCCGUCGAAGUUGCUACAAGCUUAUGGGCUUUCUGGGGCCAGACUGGAGAAGUCUUUCGUCUUGCACAUCCCAGAACCACCGACCAGACGGGCAACAGAAUGAAAGAGGCCUUGCUCACUAUGCCUAGUGCCCGAGUCACAUGGCUGUGUGCCUUGUUCCUGCUAGGAUAUGUCGGCAUUGAAGUAGCUCUCGGUGGCUGGAUCACUACAUUCAUGCUUCGAGAACGUCAUGGCGGUGCGUUCGCCUCUGGAAUGACUGCGACUGGCUUCUGGCUCGGUAUCACAGUCGGAAGACUGGUACUUGGUUUCGUGACACCGCGCAUUGGUGAAAAGUUGUCCAUUGCCAUCUAUCUUCCGAUCGCUACUGGUCUCGAACUGCUCUUCUGGCUCGUUCCGCAAUUUUACGUCUCCGCUGUUGCAGUCGCACUACAAGGCUUCUUCUUAGGUCCACUGUUCCCAGCUGCUGUGGUUGCGACAACCAAGCUUUUGCCCAAGCACUUGCAUGUCAGUGGCAUUGGAUUCGCUGCUGCGUUUGGUGGAUCGGGCGCUGCCAUCUUUCCAUUCGUGACUGGUGUCAUUGCACAAGUAAAGGGUGUGCAAGUCCUUCAGCCGAUCAUCCUGGCACUCUUGGUUGUCAUCUGGUUGUUCUGGAUUUCGCUUCCUAGAAUCGAGAAGAAGAGGGACUGA